AUGGGGAACAACUACUUUUGGCCUGAAGAUAUAAUUAGAGAGAUUCUGUUAAGAUUACCAGUGCAAUCUUUGCUUCGAUUCAAGACUGUUUCUAAAUUUUGGUUUGAUGUCAUUACAAGCUCCAACUUUAUUGACAGCCAUUAUCAACAUCCCUCAAAACCAAAACGCUUUGUUAUUCUCACACAGCGGCGAGAAUUAUAUAGCAUAUCAGUGCUUCCCGGAGGAAUAAAUAGAGUUGAUGAUCGCAGCAUGCCAUUCGCACUAGAAGCGGAUAAAUAUGCAGCAGAAAUUGUGGCAACAAGGCAAUACCGAGAGUUACCUCCUAACAGGAUUUGUUACAGUCAAGCUCAAGGGUUUGGUUUCCAUCACGGUAUAAACGACUACAAACUGCUCCAAGUUGCUUACAGAAAGAAUGGCCAGCUGGAAGCUAAGGUUCUUGCAUUGAGCACAGGUUCUUGGAGAAAGGUGGAGGACACUCUUCCUUCAUAUGAUUACGGUAUUGCAAAACCGGUGGUUGUAAAAGGAGUGUGGUAUCACAUGGCAACAACUGCUCGAGAAACACCAUUUAUUAUAAGCUUAUCUUUCAAGAUUGAUAUAUGGUUAAUGAGCAACGAGCAGUCUUGGACAAAGGUAUUGACAUGUAGUCAGAAUUCCGUUCCCAUUUCUGAUGUUGGCUUGCUGCCUUUAGGGUUCUGGGUUGAUGAAGAAAGUAUAAUCUCGGAGAACUACAAGAGGGAUGGCUUGAGCUUGUUUAAUCUCUCGACUAAGCAAUCGAAAGUGGUUGUGGUAGAUGAAGCCAGAAGGUUUGGAAGUGCUCAUAGAUAUGUGGAGAGCAUGGUUUCAGUCUACCCUACCAGAAGUCAAGAAAGGGACUCUACAAAUUAA